GACACAACCCCCCUUUUUCCUGGUGCCGCAGAUGCUGAUCCCCGGCUGCUUCCUGGCUGUUCCCUGACUUCCCCCCGGACUUCCCGUUCUCCUCACGGCACCGCGGCGGCUCCCGCUCCAAACGGCUCCGCAGCCAUGUCCACCUUCCGCCAGGAGAGCGUGGAGGACUUCUAUGAGAUGGGGGAAGAGCUGGGCAGCGGCCAAUUCGCCAUCGUCCGGAAGUGCCGGGAGAGGAAAACGGGCCUGGAAUACGCGGCCAAGUUCAUCAAGAAGCGCCGGCUGUCGUCCAGCCGCCGGGGCGUGAGCCGGGAGGAGAUCGAGAGGGAGGUGGACAUCCUGAGGGAGAUCCAGCACCCCAACAUCAUCACCCUGCACGACAUCUUCGAGAACAAGACCGACGUGGUGCUCAUCCUGGAGCUGGUGUCGGGCGGGGAGCUCUUCGACUUCCUGGCGGAGAAGGAGUCCCUGACGGAGGAGGAGGCCACCCAGUUCCUCAAGCAGAUCCUGGACGGGGUGCACUACCUGCACUCCAAGCACAUCGCCCACUUCGACCUGAAGCCAGAGAACAUCAUGCUGCUGGACAAGAACGUGCCAAACCCUCGCAUCAAACUCAUCGACUUCGGCAUCGCCCACAAGAUCGAGGCUGGGAAUGAAUUCAAGAAUAUCUUUGGGACCCCGGAGUUUGUAGCCCCGGAAAUUGUGAAUUAUGAGCCCCUGGGGCUGGAGGCCGACAUGUGGAGCAUUGGGGUCAUCACGUACAUCCUGCUGAGCGGAGCCUCCCCCUUCCUGGGGGAGACAAAGCAGGAGACCCUGACCAACAUCUCUGCUGUCAACUAUGAUUUUGAUGAGGAGUAUUUCAGCAACACCAGCGAGCUGGCCAAGGACUUCAUCCGCCGCCUGCUCGUCAAGGACCCCAAGAAGCGAAUGACCAUCGCCCAGAGCCUGGAGCACCCUUGGAUUAAGGUGAUCAAGAGGAGGAACGUCCGGAACGAGGACAGCUGCAAGAAGCCCGAGCGGCGCCGGCUGAAGACCACGCGCCUCAAGGAGUACACCAUCAAGUCCCACUCCAGCAUGCCCCCCAACAACACCUACAUCAACUUCGAGCGCUUCUCCAAGGUCAUGGAGGAGGUGGCCGCGGCCGAGGAGACCCUGCGGGAGCUGGAGAGGAACAAGAAGUCCUUCCAGGAGGACAUCGAGGCGCUGCGCUCCAUCUACGAGGAGAAGGAGUCGUGGUACAAGGAGGAGAACGAGAGCAUCAGCCAGGACCUGCGGCAGAUCCGGCAGGAGCUGCAGAAGACGGAGGCGCUGAAGAAGCAGGCGCAGGAGGAGACCAAGAGCGUGGUGCAGGCGGCCAACGGCCUCAAGCGGCGCUACCGCAAGCUGGAGAACCACUACGAGGCCCUGGCCAAGCAGGUGGCCUCGGAGAUGAAGUUUGUGGAGGAGCUGGUGUGGUCCAUCGAGCAGGAGAAGCAGAGCGGCGACGGCGACGGCAGCAUCCGCUAAGCCGGGCGGCUCCGGCCCUUCCCGACGCCCCGCUCGCCGAGGAGCCUCCGGUCGGUCAGUGUUCCCCGGCUCUGGGGGGGUGUGUGGGGGGGUUGUGCCUCCCUGGAGCCCCCACCUCGGGGGGCUGGGGCUGUGCUCCCCUGGGGUUUGGCUUCCUGCGUUGUGGCUCCUGCUUGGCUCAUGGCCCCGGGCUCCUCAUCACUCCCACUGUGCUUGGGGACACUUCUCGUCACUCCCACUGUGCUUGGGGACACUUCUCAUCACUCCCACCACACUUGGGGACACUUCUCAUCACUCCCACCACACUUGGGGACACUUCUCAUCACUCCCACCGUGCUUAGGGACACUUCUCAUCACUCCCACCAUGCCUGGGGACACUUCUCAUCACUCCCAC